UUGUACUGUCUCUAAACCUUCACUCUCUCUCUCUCUCUCUCUCUCUCUGUUUCUCAGAGUGAGAAAAAAAAUAAAAGAAGAAGAAAUCCAUUUUCUUAAAACCAUUUUUCGUGCUAAUAUUUGAAGAAAAUCUCUAAAAUUAAACAAAGAAAGAAACCUGCGACAACGUAUUCCUUUUUCUUGCAUUUCGAGUUUUCCAUUUCUUCACCUGAAUUUUUUUUUUCAUAGUCUUUUGAUUUUGUUUUCUUCAGGGGGUUUGGACUUUCUUUAUAUUUCAAGGAAAUCUGUGGAGUGAAAAUGGAUCCUAAGCUCUUCUUUAUCCUCGGAGAAAACUAGGAUUUAUGGGAAGCUCUUCCUGUUUCCUCCUAAAAUUUUCUUUUCUUUUUGAAUUUUCCUUUGGAGGAAGUUUGAACUUGAAAUUGCUGUAAGGUCCUGGACUUUCUCGAUGUUCCAAGGAAACCUGGGAGUGAAAAUGGAUUCUAGGCUCUUUUUUAUCCUUGGAGAAAACUAGGUUUCUGGGAACCUUACUAUGACCAUUAACUGUUUCUGCCUAUAGGGUAGACAAAUACAAUGUCGAUUGCCAGUGUAGCCUUUAGCUCAGCAAUUGAAGAGUUUGCUUGUUUCCCUGAAAAUUUUGCCCAUAGAUAUGGUCAGACAUUGAGCAACUCAAUCUUAAUUUUUCUCUCUGUUGGGGGGUCUAUCAUUCCCAUGCGUGUAAUGGAGUAUGAUUCAAUUGCCUCUGUAAAGCUAAGGAUUCAGACUUCAAAAGGGUUUUUUGUGAGGAAGCAGAAGUUAGUUUUCGAAGGUAGAGAACUGGCUCAGAAUAAUUCUCGUGUCCAGGACUAUGGUGUUGCUGAUGGGAAUGUAUUGCAUCUGGUGUUAAAGCUUUCAGAUCUCCAGGCUAUCACUGUUAGGACUGUAUGUGGUAAGGAGUUUGAGUUUCACAUUCCAAGGGGUAGAAACGUGGGUUAUGUGAAGCAACAAAUUGCUAAGAAGGGAAAAGGAUUUCUUAAUCUCAAGGAUCAGGAACUGGUAUGCAACGGUGAGGAGCUUGAAGAUCAGAGACUAAUUGCUGAUAUCUGCAAAAAUAGUGAUGCUGUUAUUCACUUGCUAGUUCGAAACUCUGCUAAAGUACGGGCUGUUCCUAUUGAAAGAGAUUUUGAAGUUUCUAUUGGGACAUUGAGUUUGAAUGAGGGGCCACAUGCUGCUAGACAAUACUUGGGUGACACAUCCUCUGUGGAAAAUCUGAUCUGGGCAGGGAAGCUGUUCCAAAGAGAUUCCAUUCUGGAGCCUCUGGUUGUUAAUUCGAAGAUUCAAUUGCCAAUGGUUACUAAAGAACUAAUUGACUUAACUUUUGAUGGAUUACAGCAAGGCAGCAGGCCUAUCAGGUCAUCAGAGGGGUCAGGUGGAGCUUACUUCAUGCAAGAUUCAUCUGGUCAGAAGUAUAUCUCCGUCUUUAAGCCUACUGAUGAAGAGCCAAUGGCUGUAAAUAACCCACAUGGCCUCCCCUUGUCACUAGAUGGUGAAGGGCUGAAGAAAGGCACAUGUGUAGGAGAAGGUGCACUGAGAGAAGUUGCAGCUUACCUGUUGGACCAUCCAAUGACUGGGCCUCGCUCAUUUGAUAGUGGAGAGAAGGGCUUUGCUGGGGUUCCUCCUACUGUGAUGGUUAAGUGCUUGCAUAAAGCAUUUAAUUAUCCGGACGGUUAUGAUUAUGAUUGCAAGAUUGGGUCACUGCAGAUGUUUGUAAACAACGUUGGAAGUUGUGAAGAUAUGGGCUCUCGUGCUUUCCCAGUGGAUGAGGUGCAGAAGAUCUCUGUGUUGGACAUAAGGUUGGCAAAUGCAGAUAGGCAUGCUGGAAAUAUACUGGUCACAAGAAAUUGUGAGGAAGGUCGGUUUUCACUUGUUCCUAUUGACCACGGCUACUGCUUACCUGAGAAUUUCGAGGAUUGCACGUUUGACUGGCUCUACUGGCCUCAAGCUCGUGAACCUUAUUCCCCAGAUGUCAUCAAGUAUAUUAAAUCGCUGGAUGCUGAACAAGACAUUGAACUUCUAAGGUUCCAUGGUUGGGACAUGCCACCCAAAUGUGCUCGCACUUUUCGCAUCUCCACAAUACUUCUAAAGAAAGGUGCGGAGAGAGGACUCACACCCUAUGCUAUUGGAAGAAUCAUGUGCAGGGAAACAGUGAAACAGGAGUCGGUGAUUGAGCAGAUUGUUAAAGAAGCAGAGGAAGCUCUGCUUCCCGGAAUGAGUGAUGAUGCAUUCUUUGAAGCAGUGACAUUGAUCAUGGAUAGGCGUCUUGAUGAUUUGACCUCUUAAACCAACUAGUUGGGUAGGGUUUGGAUAUCUUCGUUUUCAACAUCACAUGCUUAAUGCACAACAAUGAUGGGAGUCCAUGUUUUUGUUAAAUGGUCUUGGCAUAAGUUCUGUGUAGUAGUCGGAUUGUUGCUCGAACUUGUGUUUCCAUCGUCUGUUUUAUUUUGUUGGUGCAUCUAAAUUUCUAUUAUGCAGAACGACCUCAAACCGUACCAUACUACUUGGAAAUGUCUAUUAAGUAAUCUAUCCAAGAACAAACUGUAUCGGGGAGGCUCUAGUUGUUAGCUAUGUGAAUAACAGUACAAAUCUCAUCAGCUUUAA